AUGCAGUUGGCAGGAGUCGACCCUGAGCUGUACGAGCUGAGCACGAGGAAGCUGGAAAGCAGCAGCAGCAGCAGCAGCCACGUGGAGGACGCUCUGCAGCGCCUGCUCUCCUCUGCACAGAAAACCUGCAUUUCAGUGAGGAAUCCUCUGCAGGAUGAAAGUCUGAGCGCAGACGCCUGCAGCGUGCUCUCCGGACUUCCCAGUCUGUCCUUCAUGCAGGCCAAGGUGCUCGUGUUUCCCAGCAUCCUCGUUCCUGAAGCUUCACGGCCCCCUGAUGUCUGAUGUCUUCACAAAGCAGUCAGGAACUUAUUUCUUUGUCAUAACAAUGCAUCUUGGCAGAAAACAGUUUCUGAAAGUGCAUUGCAUUG